AAAACAAAAUGCAUCAGGAUAUAGAUCAUUGUAAUUUUUGAAGACUGGUUCCUGCUUCUUAAACACUCGGGCUUGUUGACGGUUUGGGCAGUAAGAGUUUCCCCCUCAACAGUAUCAUUGUGUCUGCUGGUCGAGGUGUCGCUAAGACCUGUUCCGCUGCAGAAGCUAAUCUGGACAGGCUUUGGAGAAGUGAGUGCGUGACCUGUUACCUCACAAAUCCAGCUGCCUCGCCGUGAGGUAACUGAUUUGGGCUGACGUGAAGGCAGAGAGUGGAGAUGUAAAGGUGGUUUGGAGGUCGACGCCCCCGCUCCUGUCCUCUAUCCUCUCCGUCCUCUCUGUUCCUCACCCUCAGCACUCUGCUCCCUCUCUCAAACAAACUUUCUCCUCCCACACGCUCUCUCUGUCUCUCUGUGAUGUCGGGCCGGGCUGUGGGUGAGUGAAUGCCCGUGACCAGACUGAAACUGGGGAAGCUAAAGGUGGUGCGGCGGCAGCUGCUGCAAAGGUAUGAACAUCAGCCGUUUGUCUCCUGCCUGGCUGGCCUCUACGGCUGCCAAUGGAGACGAUACCAAAGAGCCCGGGCCCAGCCAGGGGAGUGCUGCUGCAGCAAGGUGGAGUGUGGCAGUUUUGGCCUCCUGAUCCUCACCUUCUUCCUGAGUUUUUUAUUCCUCUAUUUCUGGAGUGAAGCUCAGAAUGACUACAAUGACUUUGACUGGUUUAACUUUGGGACUCUGGGGUUCUGGUUUCCCUGGUCUCUGGUCCUGCUGGUUGUUGCUGCAGCUCUCUUCACAUACAUCGCCCUGCUUUUGGUGCUGGCGGUGUGUCUUCUUACUGAGGGUCAGAGGCUGUACCUGCACUGGAGCCACAAGACCGGCAUCGUAGUGACACUGGCAUUCUCGGUCAUUGCCACUGCCAUCCUGUCUGACCUUUGGAGCAAAGAAUGGAAGACUCUGCUUCUCUCCCUGCAGGUGACAGCACCGUUCCUUCAUGUGGCUGCAGUCUCACUGAUGGCGAUUCUCUCCUGGCCGAUAGCCUUUCACUUCUUCCGCAUGAACAGGAAAGUGCGUCAAGUGGCAGUCUUGGGUCUUUUCCUCUCCGUGCUCUUCUCCCUCUACCUGGUCCCUCUGGGGAUGUAUUCACCUUGUAUAAAGGAGGCGGGAACGCUGGGACCCGCUCCAAGACUCAUCGGACACAGAGGAGCUCCUAUGCUUGCUCCAGAGAAUACAGUGAUGUCCUUUGAGAAGGCCUUGGAAGCUGGAGGAGAAGGCCUGGAGACAGACGUCACCAUCAGUUUUGACGGUGUCCCCUUUCUGAUGCACGACUCCACUCUGAGGAGAACCACUAAUGUCGCAGAGGUUUUCCCAAACCGAACUAACCUGGAUGCCUCCAUGUUCACCUGGUCAGAGCUGCAGCAGCUGAACGCGGGCGACUGGUUCUUAUCGAGGGAUCCGUUUGGUACCGUUUCAUCCCUGUCUGAUGCGGACUGCUUCCGGGCCCAGAAUCAGUCCGUUCCCUCACUGGCACAGUUCCUCGAGGUGGCGUCCCACAGCGGCAGACUGGUGCUGUUUGACCUGCGCAGGCCGCCACAUGGGCAUCCCUACAGUCAGUCCUACAUCAACACCACUCUGCAGGUGGUGCAGGACCACAUCAACUCCUCACAGGUGCUGUGGCUGCCAUCGGAGGAUAGGGAGCUGGUCCAGGCGAUGGAUCCAGAUCUGCAGCAAACCUCUGGAGAAAAGGCCUCAAUCCAGGAACUCACAGACGACCACAUCACCAGAUUGAACCUGCACUACAGCACCAUGUCCCAACAGCAGAUCAGUAAGUACGAGUCCGUGAACAUCAGCACUAACCUGUAUGUGAUCAGCCAGCCGUGGCUCUACACUCUGGCCUGGUGUGCCGGAGCUCAAUCUGUGACCACCAACUCCAUCCACAUCCUCUCCGGCAUCAAACAGCCGCUCUUCCUCAUGACUCCAGAGGAAUACACUUUAAUGUGGAUUCUCACUGACGCUGUGUCGGCCUUCCUCAUCAUUACAGUUUUCAUAUUCCACUGGUGGAGAGAGAGAGGCCUGCCCUUCUGGUCCGGCAGCCGCCAGACUCACGAGAAUGGACCUUACAGCAAGUUCAGGACGGACUCUGCAGAAGUCAUCUGUGUUUGCUGGAACCCGCUCCAACCAUUGCCCCCUGCUGGAGGCUUCGUAUCUCUCCCCUCAGUCUACGACCCAUGACGCCCUGCAUGUCCGCCCUGCAUGUCAGCUCUCCAGAAACCUUAGCUGAGUGAUGUCUGGUCCAUCUCCAGCGUUCAUGUCCGGCCUGACCUACGGAGCACUCCCAGUUCCCCCAGCAACCCUCACCUGCCCACCAUCACAGAGGAGUGAGAGAGGAGUGGGAGAGAGAAAGACAGAGGAGAGAGACAGAGAGAGGAGGAGGUUCUUCAGGAAGAGACAGGGAGCGUUGUUUUUAAAUCUAAAGUACCGUUCAAUAACAAAACAACUGUGACGUUGAAUUAAACAUCCUUAAUAUUCAGUAACAAUUCAACACUUGAAGGAAUGGAAAUGUCAGUGAGAAAGAUGAGGAGAAAUGCAUCAGUCACUUUAAAACAACCAAAACUCUUCUUUUAAAGCAUCCAGUCGUGUUCAUGUAGAAGAAGAAGAAGCAGAAGGAACUUAGAGACAGCAAACUCUCCUGUCUCGUCUCUCUCAUCCUCUAUCAAUCUCUGACCCGACUGCCUGCAGGAACGGAAGUGUUGAGCUGAACUUCAUCCUCUGACGGAGCACAGACUCUGCUGACUCGAGCCCAGCUGCUCCGGUGUGUGUUUUAUUCACGCUGUGUACUCAUCGACACCGUGAAGUGAGGACAGUGAAACACUCCCCCAGAGGCUGACAUGCUUGAGAACAUUUUCAUCCUGUGUCAUUUGAACUUCACCAGCUGAGACAUAAAGACAACUUUGUGAAAGAAAGGAGGAACAAUGGAUAUUUACUGAUCCUCUAGCUGCUCCUGUCUCGUUGAUGAAACAUGAGUCAAAGGAUGAGCGACAGAGCGGCGUGAACCUGCAGCAGGAGGCAUGAUGUGGACGAUGAUAAAACGGACUCUUGAGCAUCUCCUGUGAGAGCUUUGUCAUUUUCCUGCUGUAAAUAUAUCAGGAGCUUAGACCAAACUUUAAACCAUGUCUUAUAUUUUGAUCUGUCUGUGACUCAUUGGAUGCAGAGUAAGAGGUGCACACUGUAGGACUGACAGAAUGAAUGUAAAUCUGAGGAUCAAGAGGAGAUAGAUAGUGAGUAUUUAUGUUUUGUACUUUAGUGAAUGUAUUCUAAAGCUGGACCGUGUUUCUUAAAAGCAUGCAGGGAAUGUUUUCGGCUGGAGGUCCUUUCAGUUUGUGCCAAAUGUAGAAUUAGCUGCUCUGAAAACGGACGAGGAUGCUUCUGAGAAACCCGACGUCGUGCCCUUUUUAUGAGGCAGCGAAUACAGCAUCCAUGAAUAUACGCACAACAAACUCUGAAGGAGGUGUCUCUAUGUGCGAUGAUUUCCUAACCUCAGCUAUUUCAGAUCUGAAAUCCAGAGUUUAAGUCUGGAUUCUUCAGGUGAGAGAUCCGUGAGGUUGAGGGCUCGGUUCUCUGAGGAGGUUUUGCUGCACAGUGAUGGAGAUGAAGCAGGACCGGAUGCAGAAAGUGCAAUUAAAGCUGCUUCGUUUCCAUGUUUAGAAUAAGAAAUUAUUUAACCAGGAUAGUUACUGUACAGCAUAGUUCCUGACAGAUCUCUUGUGUUGCACAUCUUUGCAGGUAAAUAUCGCAAGUAACAAGUUUAACAGCUACAUUCAAGCUGCGGUCUGAAUCUUCGUGCACAUGGCUUAACCGAGCACCUUUCAUUCAGCAUCUCCUCGCCUGAUCGGACUCAUUCUUGCACUAUGAUGAAUAUUAUACUUUAAAGUGAAGCUGUUUGUCUCCAGGAGACUUCAGGUUGAGGUUCUUUUGUCUGUCUCGUUCCACUGCUGCUUUCCUUAUUCUUAAUUUACAGGGACACAUGACCUCUGACUGAUUCUGUGUUCAAUCCGUCUGAAAAUAUCUAGAGGUAGAGUCGGGUCACUACAGCGCAGAGUCACACGCAGCUGCAACCAAGAAUCUCAAUGUACUGUCUGUAUUGUGAUAUGACUACGUGGUCGGCAGUCGGUUGAACUGUGUUUGUUUUCUGGUGAGAAUGUAGUAGCUGAUCUGUUGGAUAGGCUAAGUAUUUAGCUACAGCUAUCAAUCCCUGCAAAGCCAUAUUCAUUUGAUCAAAUAUGUUCUGCUGUUAAGACUGUUCAUCUGAAGUAAGCGAUCGUGCAGCGCUGCAUUGAAUGUUUGCAGAUAUGUUGCAUCCAAAGCCUUGUAUGUUUUUAUCUCAUUCAUCUGUUUAAAGAGAGGCUUCACUCAGAGUCUCUCCUGUUAGUCUGUGUCAGCGCUCAGCUUGUAGACUGAGACGUCUGUGAGGAGUUUUUAUCAUUUAAAGGUAUUUAAUCUGGUAACACAGCAGCAGCCUGGAGGUACAGGCUGCUCACUCUCAUGAUGAAACUUUAACUUUAACCUCAAACACAUCAGGGGAAUCUUUGGCUGCUUUAUUUUGGGUAUUUUUUUUUUAAACAACCACAGAAAAGUUCCCUUUAAGUGACCUACUGCCGCCUAACUUCAAGUUAAGACUUGUAUAACACUCAUGAUGUGUUUCAGUCACAUCCAGACACAUCUAAUGAAGCUGCGCCGGUGUUCCGCCCCUGCAUGCUGCUCUGCAUGCUGCUUCAGUAAAGCUUACUUUUAACACGGUGGUCCAAACAUGGAGUAGAUUUAGAGGAAAACAAAGUUAAACUGAUGCUUCAUCGUCCAGACUAAUAAAAUAAUUCUAACAUGGGUUUAGUAGUGUAGGCGCCUUUGUUUUCAAACUGUUAUUGUCUGUAGCGUUAUAUAUGUCAUGCUGUACUAAACAGCUUUUUAAACUUUCUUUUCUCUUUUGGAAGCAUUUCAUAUUUUUGUCCUUUUUUUACUGUAACUUCUCUCUGACUGUAAAUGCUGUUGUCAUCUGGUAUUAAAACGUUAGAAAAGGUUCAGUCA